UUUAUUAAGGCCAAAAGCAAAAGCGCUGCAAAUGUGCUGAAAAUUCGUUCAUUGAAACAGUGAUGGUUGCGCAACGACGUCGUUCUGUUGCAGGCGUGGGUAGGGUGGUGGUUUACGGCGUUACUUGGAGUCUGUGAUAGGUAUGUGCAUCUAUAUCAUAUCGACACUCAGUCACCGUCAAAUCGAAUCGGAGAAUUGAAAUCAGCAGAGGAAUCAGAAUCAAAGCCCCGAAUGGCGCCACCACCCAAAUCAAGAGGGGCUACUCAGGUAAGCAGCAAUGCUUCCAGGAUUCAGUUCUUUUCCCUUCUCCUCGCUCUGCAAUACGGCGCUCAACCUUUGAUCUCCAAACGCUUUGUCAGACGUGAGGUUAUUGUGACUUCAUCUGUUUUGGUAUGUGAGCUAGCAAAGGUUUUAUGUGCAUUGUUUAUCAUGGCAAAAGAUGGUACUCUAAGGAAAGCGUAUAAAGAAUGGACUUUGGUUGGUGCACUGACUGCAUCGGGACUUCCUGCAGCUAUAUAUGCAUUGCAAAAUAGUUUGCUGCAAAUUUCUUACAAGAAUCUUGAUUCACUCACAUUCUCAAUGCUGAAUCAGACAAAAAUAUUUUUCACUGCAUUCUUUACAUAUCUCAUAUUGAGACAAAAACAAUCAAUUGAACAGAUUGGGGCCUUGUUUUUGCUAAUUGUUGCGGCAGUUCUUUUAAGUGUUGGCGAAGGCUCUAGCAAAGGUUCCUCUAGUAGUAAUGCUGAUCAAAUUUUAUUCUAUGGAAUUAUUCCUGUAUUAGUUGCUUCAGUGCUCUCUGGACUGGCUUCUUCCUUGUGUCAGUGGGCCUCUCAGGUUAAAAAACACUCAUCAUACUUGAUGACUAUAGAAAUGUCUAUCGUUGGAAGUCUAUGUUUGCUAGCCAGUACUUUUAAAUCUCCAGAUGGGGAAGCUAUGAGACAACAUGGAUUUUUCUAUGGGUGGACUCCUCUUACUUUGAUUCCAGUAAUGUUCAACGCCUUUGGUGGAAUUCUUGUUGGUUUAGUUACAAGCCACGCUGGUGGUGUUCGAAAGGGCUUUGUCAUUGUGUCGGCUUUACUCAUUACAGCACUGCUACAGUUUGUUUUCGAUGGAAAACCACCUUCGCUGUAUUGCCUUGUGGCUCUUCCAAUAGUGGUCACUAGCAUUUCAAUAUACCAGAAAUACCCCUAUCAGGUUAAGAAGAAGGAGUCAUAGAAUCUGGCCUAUUAUAGCAUGGGGAUUUAUUCAUUAGUUCCCCACUAAAACUACUUUGUUUUUUUAUCCUGAAUAUAGCAUAUUGUAAAUGAUAGAACAUAGAAGGCAAAGCAUUCUUUUCGAUGUCUUCUCAGUCUCAAUAGAAUUAGGGUGUUAUACAGAGUUUGUUUUGUUCUUUAAUAUUCUGGAAUCUUUAAAUGGUCAUUUAUUUGUCUCCUCUUCAUUGUGUG